UCCCACAAAACUGCUGACCAGCCUCGACUGGCUGGUGGCUGCGCACAGUUCCACCCCCAUUCGCAGCGCUCGGCGCAACGUCGGGCACCACUGAUCGAUUCGCCGCUCGCAUUAUCCAAUUUAUUAACCCACACACACAUAUCAUCAUGGCGGCAGUUGCAAACAGCGGCCACACCGCGCGCAAGAUCGGCAACCAGCGGCGCCCCGUGCUCAAGCACGCGCUCGACAAGCCCUUCACCACACCGUGGCCCACUGCCACACCGGCACUGCAGUGCGAGAUUGUUGACGCCCUGUGUGCGGCACUGCAGCCGGUUGGCGCGUACUUUGCUGAGUCGCGGCGCAUUUCCAAGCAGAAAAGCCUGCACAAGCGCCGCGCCGCCCAGAAAGCAGCCAAAGCAGCCAAAGCAGCAAAUAAAGCAAAAUCGCAAAAGAACAAGGAUGAAAAAAAGGGCCAGCAGGCAGCGUCAGCGCAGACCACCUAUGCUACUUCUGCUGCUGCUGGUGUGCGCCAGCAGAUAGCCGACAGCAUGGAGACCGACAGUACCGAGGCUGCCAAGGCCGGAUUGGCCCUGCUCGACUAUAUUGUCAUUGGAAUCAACAGCACAACGCGCUCGCUCGAGAAACAGGCGCGGCAAAGCAGCGACAAGGCUGACCUGGCGUUGGUUGUUGUGUGCAAGGGUGAUGUGGAGCCGCAAAUGAUCGCCCAUCUUCCAGCGCUGGCGCACGCGGCCCAGGCGGCCAGCUCAAAUUCUGCCGAGCACAGCGAUGGUCCUGGGCUUCGGCUUGUUGCUGUGGGCAAGGGCUCAGAGCAGAGGCUGGCGGCGGCAGUUGGACAGCAGCGGGUGACUGUGCUGGGGAUUAGGUCUGGAUCGCCGCAGCUCGAUUCAAUUUUGGAAAAGGCACGUGCGGGCAUUCUGGCACCAGUCGUGCCCUGGAUUGGGGCUGGCAUCAGCAUGGGCGGCAGCAUGAGCAGCAGCAGUGCAGAUCUUGCAAAGCCUGGGCUCAAAGCAAUGGCUGCGCUCGAGCUGCAUACAACAGCGCCCACUCUGAACAGGCAGCAAAACGCAAAGGCCAAGGCCAAAGCCAACCCCGCUGCCGAAGCCGCCAAUGCUGGCAAAGAUUGCUCGGAGAAUGCACCCGCGACAGCAGGCCCAAAAAAGCGCAAACAGGAGUUGCGUGCAAACACAACGAAUAGCAAAAGGACAAAAGUACACAACAAUAAAAAGCCUACUAAUUAA